AUGAUGGAGUGGGUCGCCGAAAGCCCCGACCCAGAGACGUGUUUCCAGAAAUAUAGCGAGUACCAGAGAUGCAAAGGUGCACAGGUAGAAGAGAUAUGGAGCAUGGAGCCAGAAAACUUUGAAAAUCUCAAGCCCGUUCAUGGUCUGAUUUUCCUCUUCAAGUGGCAACCCGGUGAGGAGCCAGCGGGGUCUAUAGUUCAAGACUCAAGGCUGGAGGAGAUCUUCUUCGCCAAGCAGGUCAUCAAUAAUGCCUGUGCGACCCAAGCGAUCGUCAGCGUGUUGUUAAACUGUACACAUCCUGAUAUGCACCUUGGAGAAACGCUGACAGAAUUUAAAGAGUUUUCGCAGAGUUUUGAUGCUGCGAUGAAGGGGCUUGCUCUCAGUAACUCUGAAGUGAUUCGACAAGUUCACAACAGCUUCGCCAGACAACAGAUGUUUGAGUUUGACGCAAAGUCGUCGGCUAAAGAAGAGGACGCUUUUCAUUUUGUGAGUUACGUUCCUGCUAACGGCCGACUUUAUGAGUUGGACGGACUUCGUGAAGGACCCAUCGAUCUAGGUGUGUAUAACGAGGAUGACUGGAUCAGUGCUGUACGGCCCGUCAUUGAGAAAAGAAUACAGAAAUACAGCGAGGGUGAGAUUCGAUUCAACUUGAUGGCCAUUGUUUCAGACCGCAAGAUGAUUUAUGAAAAGAAGAUCGUUGAACUGCAGGCGCAGCUCACAGAGGAAGAGCCGAUGGACACAGACCAGAGUGGAAAUCAUCUCCGCUCUAUCCAGUCAGAGAUCGCCAAGUAUCAGCUCCAGAUUGAAGAAGAGAACCAAAAACUUAAACGAUACAAAAUUGAGAACAUUAGAAGGAAGCACAACUACCUACCCUUUAUAAUGGAGUUACUGAAGACAUUGGCCGAAUAUCAGCAGCUGAUACCACUGGUGGAAAAGGCAAAGGAAAAACAAAGUGCCAAAAAAAUACAAGAAGCCAAGUAACCCCACAAUGUUAUACCCGGUUUAAUUUUAUGCCACGGAAUAUCUUGAUGUGCAUUUGUCUUCUGUAUCCCAUAAACGGAGCACCUGGAAGUGAAGUCUUGCUGUUAUUUCCUUCAUGUCUGUGCAUGCAUGCAAAGAGAUGUUUAAAUAAUGUCUUAUUUUCAUAUAAAUUUCAUUUGUUCAGUAA